AUGGUGAAGGAGAUACAAGAAGAGACGCUGGACGAAGAUCUGUGGAACCAUAACAUAAACAUAGGAAGAAACAUUUUGUUUUUUUCUCUUUCUUUCCCCUCCUCCUAUAGUUGUUUGUUCAUUCUCUUCUCCUUUACAGAAAGUUUCCUUCAUAGGGCCAUUGUAUACCUUUCUUCUGUAAUGACUGUGAGUAUGCCUCCAACAAACGUGAAUAUGAACACCGUCCCACUUUCUCCUGCUGAAAGCGCAAAUGGCCAUUUGGAGUGUAAGGCUAUGGCCACAGCCACAGUCGGGGAUGUCAGUGGAAGCGGGCGUGGAAAUGAAGACAUAAGUGGAGAUGGAAGUAUAAGUGGAGAUGGAAAUAUACAUGGAGUUGGAAGUAUAAGUGGGAAUGGAAGUAUACAUGGAGUUGAAAAUACAAGUGGAGAUGGAAAUAUAAGUGGAAAUGGAAGUAUAAGUGGAAAUGGAAGUAUACAUGGAGUUGAAAAUACAAGUGCAAACCCUGCCACAACUCCAGCGGUAAAGAAAAGGAAAGUAACAAACGAAUUGGCACAACUUCUAACGUCUGCUGAAUGGUAUACACAGACGUUCCGUGGAUCUCGAGUACGUGAGUCCAGCUUGAAAUUUCAGAAGCAAAAGGACUUGAAGAUCCAGGAAAUGAUCAGAGGAGAUAAGGAGGUAACGAUGACUACCCAUACAUUGGAAACACCGGAGGAGAUAGCCGAAAAGGAACGUAUACGUAAAGAACGGGCGGAAAAGAUGAAGGCCAAAGCUGAAGAAAGAAAGAAAGAGAAGGAGUUGAAACGUUUAAAGGCUCUCGAGAGAAAGAGGUUGAUUGAACAGGGUGUCAUAAAGCCCCAUAGGGUGAAAUCGAAAUCAAAACAGGAUGCCGUUGGCGAAAUAAACCUGGAUCCAAAUGAACUGAAAUCCUCUAAGAACUAUUAUGGUGGUGGACAUCUGGCUGAAUUAUUAAAGGCUUCAUCGUACUAUACCAAUCUGGGAUCGCAGUUUGAUGGCUCGAGAAGGAAAGUUAGACCAGUGGAAAGACUGAAUGAGGAUAAAGAAUACUUGAAUGAGCUUAACAGAAAGUCCAAGGGAAAACGGCUACUGAAAAACAAAGCUGCAGACCACCCAAAGUUGAAGAGAUUGAAGACCGUGGACAAUACAACAAUGAGGAGACACACCAAAAAAGUGGCUAACAUAAAAGCAGAGGAAGGGGAAAAAGAAGAAGUAGACAAACUAGAGAAGGAGACAAAAGAAGAGGAAGAGACACGAGACGAAGUGACACAGCGAGAACCAGAACCUAUCUGGUUCAUAAACUUAAACGAAAACAAAAAUGACAUCGAAAUCAACGAUACACGGUCAUUCUUUCAAUCGUUUGUCUACGACAAACAAAAUGAUAGUCAGAUCCCAUCCGAUAUUGUUUCUGCUGCAGACCUGGUGAAGCGUAGGAUAAAGACGUAUAGAACUGAUCAUGAAGUUUAUAAAUUACAAAGAGUUCAGCUACACUUCCCCUUUUCCGAAUACAAGGAAGACUACAUUCUAGCAUUACCGAAGGAUGAACUUCAAUUCAACCCAUUUGACGAAAUUGGCAAAAAUAUGGAAAUUUUAAGUACACAGUUUUUCCCGCCCGAUGAGAGCGUCAAAGUUGUGAAUUUACAGGAUCCCGAAAAUUGUAUUGUUGGAAAAUACAUUAAAGCCUUCGAUGAUAAUGACUUGGAUUUAUUAUUGAAAUGUAUUGAUGAGUUCAAUAAUUUAAUUGAUGAAUUGAGGAAUAAUGGGAAGAUCCUCGACCAUGUAAUCAACAAGAAGGCUUUUUCAAUUUGCGUCAUCUACGAAUUAUUAAACCAGUGUUAUUUGAGGAGAGUUCUACCUGAUUCGAAGAAAUUGAGUAAUUACAAGGCCUUUUCCAAUGAGGUUUAUGGUGAAUUAAUGCCAGCUUUUUUGUCAUCUGUUUACAGGGCAUGCAAUUUGAAUUCCAGGAGUUGCUUUAUUGAUUUAGGAUCUGGUGUUGGUAAUUGUGUUAUCCAAGCGUCACUUGAGUUUGGAUGUGAGAGCUACGGAGUUGAAAUAGUGGAGCAUGCAUCGAGAUUAGGUGAUUUGCAAUUGGCCGAGUUCAACAACAGAUGUCGAGUGUUGGGCUUGAAUCCAGGAAUAACUAAGCUAUUCUCCCAACAAUCGUUUAUUGAUAAUCCGCCUGUGAAGGCAGUGGUGGAUAGGUGUGAUGUUAUUCUUUGUAACAACUAUCUAUUUGAUGCCAACUUGAACAAAAAGGUGAUUGAUUUAUUCCAGGAUUUGAAAGUUGGCUGUAAAAUCAUCAGUUUGAAACCAAUAGUUCCAGCCGGCCAUCGUUUGGAUGGUAAUAACAUCAACUCCAUUCUCAACAAGAUGAAGACGUCCAAAUUUAUCUAUGAGGAAAACUCUGUCUCGUGGACAUCCAAGGGCGGCUUUUACUAUAUCACCGAGGUGAUGGAUACCAUGGACGAGGCCUUGUUCCGGAUCCGGGCAACUCGUAGCAGGAGAGAGGACUCUAUUGACGAACGCACUCGUAGCAACACCCCAUUGAAUGCGUUUACAAACAACGUGUGA